GCUAAUGUACUUGAAGAACUGGUGACUCUUGCUGAUGAUGACGACAGUGACACAGCAUACUUCUCCCUCUCAAUCGUCUUGCGGCUCUGUGACCAAGAGCAUAUCCGACCCGCGCUCGGCUCUGCCGGCAUGAUCUCCCUCCUGGUGAGGCACAUGACCGGCGGGAGGAACUUUGUGAACAAAGUGCUGACACUGAAUGCCCUCUGUCUGUGCACCAAGGAAUCU